UGGGCAGGAGAUGCCUUCCCUCCCAGCAGCCAGCCCAGCUGCCAACUCCAGCCCACCACCCUGCACCAGGGCUGCUUCCCUUAGAGCUUCCCAGGACCUCCAGCCCAGCACCAAGCCUGGAUGCCAUCCCCUGGGAGAAGCUGUGCCCACGGGAGGGGGAUCUGAAACCUGAGGUGACAGCAUGGUUCUGCAGGAGUCAUCACUCAAAGCCUGGCAGUGCCCAAAUCCUGCCAAGAUUAAUCCUGGAUUGGAGUAGGACAGACCUGGAACCACCUGGGAUGUCUUCUUCACUGGCACAGAGAGAUGAGCCGGCAGGGGCAGGCGCUGCCAGGGCAGGAUGAGCACCAGGAGACACCACGGAGACACCACGGGGACAGCACAGCACACACCCAGCCUUGCUGGCACCACCUGGGCAGGCAGUGCAGCAGCACAGUGGCACAGGCGUCCGGGGCAAACCUCUGGCUCCAGCUGCCCUGCUGGGAAGCCCGAAGGUGGCAGCAUAUGGCAGCUCCGGAAACAGCCUGGCACAGAGCAGGGAGCCCUGGCUGGAGCAGCCGCUUGGGCUGCCAGGACCGUCGGUGCCCGCGGCGAGGACGGAGGGGCAGUGUGGGCACGCAGCAGGCAGGCUGAGUCGUGUUUCAACAGGACCCCUCCCCCCAGGCAGCCCCAAAAUCGCAUCCCUGGAGGCAUCCGAGGUCAGACUCGCCACGGCGCUGGGCAGCCUGCGCUAGCCGGAGGUGUCCCUGCCGGCCGGAGGGGACAAGAUGACCUUCGAGGGUCCCUUCCGACGCGAUGCGGUCUGUGCCUCUGUGCUUCUGCAGCCGGUGACAUCUCUGCUCUGGUGACCUCUCGGCUGCCUCCUGCCAGCCGCAGCCGGCCAGCCCCGCGGGACGUGGGGAGCCCGCGGAACCGCCCCUGGCUCCUCCUCCCGGCUCCUCAGAUCUCCUCCGCGCUCCGUCCCCUCCGAGCAUCCCUCUGCUCCUCUCCCUCGCUCCCGCUCACCUCUCCUGCUCCUUGUCCCUUCUGCCUUUCCCUUCUCUGAGCUUACUCCUUCCUCCUCCCCUGCUCUCCCCCAGCCCCUUUCCUCCACACCCUGAGGAAUCAAUUCACCACUGAAGACUUCCAAGCUGUGGUGGGACAGGGACCAGGACCUCCCACGCUAGAACCAGGAUCCCCAAAACAGACCAAAGACCUUUACACGGAGCCAGGACCCCCACGCUGUGGCCAGGAGCCCACGCCAGAGCCAGGAGCCCACAUCAGAACCAGGACCCCCACGCUGCGGCCAGGAGCCCACGCCAGAGCCAGGAGCCCACAUCAGAGCCAGGAGCCCACAUCAGAACCAGGAGCUGGCAUCAGAGCCAGGAUUCCACAUCAGAGCCAGGAGCCCACAUCAGAACCAGGACCUCCACACCAGAGCCAGGAUCCCACACCAGAGUCAGGUUCUCCACUCCAGAGUCAGGAGCUCCACAUCAGAGCCAGGACCUCCACUCCAGAGCCAGAAUCCCACACCAGAGCCAGGACCAACACUCCAGAGCCAGGACCUCCACUCCAGAGCCAGGAUCUCCACUCCAGAGCCAGGACCUCCACUCCAGAGCCAGGACCUCCACUCCAGAGCCAGGACCUCCAGGCUGCACCCGAGACCCCCAAGCUGAGCAAUGCCUCUCCAGAUCUUCUGCACCAUCUCCUUCUCCAGCGAGGAAGGACCAAGAGAUGCUGCAGCCACUGAGAGGGGAGAGGACACAACAGAGGAGUUCCUGUACGGGCAGGAGGAGGAUGAAGAGAAGGAGGAAGAGGUCCCAGGCGCAGCCCCAGAUUUGGUGACCUUCGCCAGCAGCUGCACCCUGCACGGACUGAGCCACAUCUUCGUGGAGGGCAGCCUGGGUGCCCGGCAGGCUCUGUGGGCUGUGGCCUUCCUCCUCUCCCUCUCCCUCUUCCUCUCCCAGGUGGCUGACCGCAUCGCCUACUACCUGCAGUACCACCACGUCACGCUGCUCCGAGAGGAGGACAGCCCCGAGAUGCUCUUCCCUGCCGUCACCUUCUGCAACAUCAACCGGGCUCGGCUCUCGCAGCUCAGCCAACAGGACCUCCUCUACCUGGCCCCCCUGGUGGACUACGAGUCCGGGAUGGAGCUGGGCUUCACCCCGGCCCAGCCUGGCCCCAGGGACCAGGAGGAACCCCUCAAUCUCUGGGGGUUCUUUAACCGCACUUGCCACCAGCUGGAGGACAUGCUGCUGAGCUGCAGCUACCGCGGCCAGCAGUGUGGCCCCGGCGACUUCGCGGCGGUCUUCACCCGCUACGGGAAGUGCUACACCUUCAACGCGGGCCAGGACGGGAAGCCGAGGCUCAUCAGCAUGAAGGGGGGCACAGGCAACGGCCUGGAGAUCAUGCUGGACAUCCAGCAGGACGAGUACCUGCCGGUCUGGGGGGAAACAGACGAGACCUCAUUUGAAGCUGGCAUCAAGGUGCAGAUCCACAGCCAGGACGAGCCCCCUCUGAUCGACCAGCUGGGCUUCGGGGUGGCUCCUGGCUUCCAGACCUUCGUGUCCUGCCAGGAGCAGAGGCUCAUCUACCUGCCACCUCCCUGGGGCGACUGCAAGGCCGUGGUGGGCGACUCGGAGUUCUAUGACACCUACAGCAUCACCGCCUGCCGCAUCGACUGCGAGACUCGCUACCUGGUGGAGAACUGCAACUGCCGCAUGGUCCACAUGCCAGGAGAUGCCCCUUACUGCACCCCGGAGCAGUACAAGGAGUGCGCAGAUCCGGCCCUAGAUUUCCUGGUGGAGAAGGACAAUGAGUACUGUGUCUGCGAGAUGCCCUGCAACGUCACUCGCUACGGCAAGGAGCUCUCCAUGGUGAAGAUCCCCAGCAAAGCCUCUGCCAAGUACCUGGCCAAGAAGUACAACAAGUCAGAGCAGUACAUCGGGGAGAACAUCCUGGUGCUGGAUAUCUUCUUUGAAGCCCUGAACUAUGAGACAAUCGAGCAGAAGAAGGCAUAUGAGGUGGCUGGCUUGCUGGGUGACAUCGGAGGGCAGAUGGGGCUGUUCAUUGGGGCCAGCAUCCUGACAGUAUUGGAGCUCUUCGACUAUGCCUACGAGGUGAUAAAGCACAGACUGUGCCGGGGGGCCAAGUGCCACAAGACCCACAAGAGGAACAACACGGACAAGGGCGUCACGCUCAGCAUGGACGACGUCAAGCGCCACAAUCCCUGCGAGAGCCUGCGGGGGCACCCAGCUGGCAUGACCUACGCUGCCAACAUCCUACCUCACCACCCGGCCCGGGGCACCUUUGAGGACUUCACCUGCUAACCGACGUCUGGAUGUAGACCCUGAGCUACCAAAGCCCUCCGGAGAGCUUCCCUUCUCCCUGCCGGCGCCAGCGGAGGUACAGCUAAGGGGACCUUGCUCCUCGCCACGGCGGGACACGGACACGAGCGACAGCCUCGGGAGCAGGUGGUGGGGUCGGGUCACGGCUGGAACCCUCCUACCGGCAGCUGCUCCACGCCUGCCCUGCUCGUCCAGAGACUCGAGGAGGCUCCAGCCCCCGCGGCGUGGGGGACGACACGCACAGUGGGCAAGGGGCACGGGGCCUGCCCCCCUCUCCUGCCCUCGCCUCCCCUCGGCCUUUUUAACUCGAAACCCAGAAGCCAAGAAGCAGCCAAACGGCCGCGGAGUCCCCACCCACAGCCCUGUCCGUCUGUCCGUCCAUUGUCUCCAUGCUCAUCCCGCUCCAGCCCCACCCUGGCCGCUGCGGGGUGCCCGCAGGAGGCAUCACUCGGGAGCCCCACGGUGUGCCCGCAGGAGGCAUCACUCGGGAGCCCCACGGUGUGCCCGCAGGAGGCAUCGGUCAGGAGCCCCACGGUGUGCCCGCAGGAGGCAUCACUCGGGAGCCCCACGGUGUGCCCGCAGGAGGCAUCACUCGGGAGCCCCACGGUGUGCCCGCAGGAGGCAUCAGUCAGGAGCCCCACGGUGUGCCCGCAGGAGGCACCGGUCAGGAGCCCCACGGUGUGCCCGCAGGAGGCAUCACUCGGGAGCCCCACGGUGUGCCCGCAGGAGGCAUCGGUCAGGAGCCCCACGGUGUGCCCGCAGGAGGCAUCAGUCGGGAGCCCCACGGUGUGCCCGCAGGAGGCAUCUCUCGGGAGCCCCACGGUGUGCCCGCAGGAGGCAUCAGUCAGGAGCCCCACGGUGUGCCCGCAGGAGGCACCGGUCAGGAGCCCCACGGUGUGCCCGCAGGAGGCAUCACUCGGGAGCCCCACGGUGUGCCCGCAGGAGGCAUCUGUCUGGAGCCCCACGGUGUGCCCGCAGGAGGCAUCACUCGGGAGCCCCACGGUGUGCCCGCAGGAGGCAUCACUCGGGAGCCCCACGGUGUGCCCGCAGGAGGCAUCGGUCAGGAGCCCCACGGUGUGCCCGCAGGAGGCAUCGGUCAGGAGCCCCACGGUGUGCCCGCAGGAGGCAUCGCUCGGGAGCCCCACGGUGUGCCCGCAGGAGGCAUCACUCGGGAGCCCCACGGGGUGCCCGGCAGGAGGCAUCACUCGGGAGCCCCACGGUGUGCCCGCAGGAGGCAUCGCUCGGGAGCCCCACGGUGUGCCCGCAGGAGGCACCGGUCAGGAGCCCCACGGUGUGCCCGCAGGAGGCAUCACUCGGGAGCCCCACGGUGUGCCCGCAGGCAGGGCAGUGGGGCUGGCAGUCCUGGGGGAGCCUCUCUGUCCCCUGGGCACUCCAUGGGCACGAAGUUGAGGCACUGCCACCUCUCCAAAACGUCUUCCUCGUCAGCCUAGCCCGGUGACAGCGGCAGCAGGGCACCAAGCUGGCCACAGGCUGGCCACAGGCUGGCCACAGGCACCGGGGGGGGGGCAGGAUUUGGCCAGGGGUUGUCACCUUGGCACUGAAGACCUCACUGCCCAGGCACGCUGCCUUGGCCACAUCAGGUUGGGCAACGAUGUGGUCUCCCUACCCAUCCCAUCUGGGCACCACACAGCCUGGCCAGUGCCAGCCCUGCCCCACAAGUCCCUCUCCUGUAGCCGGGGAGCCCUGGGGCUACCCCAUGCAGCCCCCCCCCCCCCCCAAAACCAGCUGUCCUUGGGGAGAGAGAUGGAAAGAAGACUCCAGGGCCCCAUUUUGGCUGCAGCUACCAGCCUGGCUCAGCCAGGGGCACCACAAGGGGCAGCCCCAUGGCACCACUCUGGCAGGGGGUGGGGGGGAAGGGCAUGGGAUCCCCAACACCAAGAGAGUUCACAGGUUGAGGGACACCCCAUGGCACAGGGUGCUCUGCUCCACGGGACCACAGGGUCCCACCCCACUGAGCCUCCCACCCGCAGCUGUCCACGGGCACCACAAGCCCUGGGCACCUUUGGGGCAGCCUCUGGUUUGCCACCUGGGGACUGCCACUGCUCCUCCCGUCGUUGCCCUCUCCCUGGCACACAGAGACCUGCCCUGGCAGCCAGGAGCUGGCUGGCACUGGCCGAGUCUCUGCUGCCCGGGCUCACAAGCACUGCAUUUUCACUCUGGGGUCAGUGGAAACUGUGCCCCCUCGGCCCCUGCCAGCCCCCCCCCAGGCCACCCUCGGUCACAGCCAGAGCCCUGCGGGACCAAAGUGCUCCUUAACCUCCGGAGCUCUGCAGUGAGGCUGUCGGACAGCGCCGGCUGGGAGCUGCAGCUCCGGGGGUUGUGGUUGUUGUUGUCACCAUGAUGAUGAUGAUGAUGAUGAUGAUGAUGAUGAUUGUUA